AUGAUCAAGUCCCUACAAAUAAAGAAAGGAGAUGGAGGUGUUGGAACCAUCAAGAAGACUAGCUUCGGUGAAGGAAGUGAAUACAGCUACGUGAAGCACCAGGUAGACGAGCUUGACAAAGAUAACUUUGUGUACAACUACAGUUUGAUUGAAGGCGAAGAUGCUCUUACAGACAAAAUUGAGAAAAUCUCUUACGAGAUUAAGUUGGUGGCAUCUGCAGAUGGAGGUUCAGUCAUAAAGAACACCAGCAGCUACCACACCAAAGGUGAAGUUGAGAUCAAGGAAGAGCAUGUUAAGGCCGGCACAGAGAAGGCCUAUGCUUUGUUCAAGAUUAUUGAGACCUAUCUUGUGGCCAACCCUGAUGCCUACAACUAA